AUGUCGCAUGAGCAGGGGGAAAUUAAAUUCAUCGAAGGCGUACAACCGGCUUCUAGAUGCUGCAAAGAGGUCUCUGAUUUUGUCGUUGCAAAUUCUGACCCAUUGAUCCCCGCAACAGACAACAAAAGAGUCGAAGACAUUCCCGGUUCUGGAAGUGGCUCUGAAAUCACUUACAAUAUCAAAUGCAUGUUUGAUAUUCAUUUUGAGACCGUCCUAUUGCGGUAUUCCGUGUUUGAGCCUAUCGAGUUUCUGCUGUUGCUGCCAAUCCAAGUGUUCGUGCAAUCUGAGUAA